AAUUCCAAAUUUAAAUUCUUGAAGAACAAGCAUGUUAUUACUUUGGCUUAUAAUCUGGAAAAGGCAAUUUGGAUGUGGAUGGAUAAUUAUCCUGAAGAAUUUACAGAACUACAGAAAAAGCCAAAUGAUGAACUUCAAGAUUGUUGUGAUAAGUUAUUUGACCAGUUCAAUCAGUGUAUGGAGAAUUCAAAGAAGAAAGCUGCUAUUUGGCCACUACAGAUGAUGUUGUUGGUCUUAUGUCCUAAAAUUUUGGAGGAGAUAAACAAUGCAGACAAUGGUGCACCCUGUUCAGCACAACAUCUCAAGAAGAAACAUUUCAUAGAUGAGGUAAAGAAAGCCAUUUCACCACAUCAUGCAGGAUCCAAGUUGACAGAGGGAGCUGCAGUCACAUGUGUUCGUCUUUGUAAAGCAUCUACAUACAUCAGCAUCAAUGAUCGUCUAAAUGUUUUAUUCAGUCUGGUUCAAUCUGUUAUAAAUGAUCUCAAGCAAUUGUUGUUCAACCCACCACCCAACACCAAGCCAUUUUCCCGUGGACAGAGUAUCGUUGACCUGGAUUUAUAUAAUGACUGUUUUGUAUCAUGUUUCCGUAUCACACCACACAACAAUGAUGUGCUCAAAGUGUGUCUUCACCCUAACUCGCCACCCAUCUAUCAUUUUGUUCUAGUCAAUGCAUUACACAGAAUCAUCACUCAGCCCAGACUGCCCUGGUGGCCAAACAUUACUAUCAUAUACGGCAAAGCAGCAGAAUUACGGAACAUGUUUACAGACACAUUAAACAAAGUUACACAAGGAAUGGCGGCCCACACAGCACCUAAAUCAGUUGGGGUUUUCCUGCCAUAUCUGUCAUUUCAGACCAUAUCUAAGUUAACAUUACAGAAGAUAAAUAAAACUACAGAUGAAACUAUGACAACCUAUAGAUACCUUCUGUUGUGGAUUGUACGACUUAUCCAUGAUGAUCCAAAUCUCAUGUUACAUAAUCAAGGUAAACCUGGCCAUGAAGUACAGAGUAGUACCCUUGAGUUGAUGAAUGGACUUGUGUCACUGGUCCAUCAACAGUGUAUGCCUGACGUAUCAUCUGAGGCUAUGGAGGCAUUACUGUGUUUACAUCAGCCAGAGAACAUAGAGUUGUGGAAUCCAGAAUCACCUAUACAUACAUUCUGGGAUGUCAGUUCCCAGGUGUUGUUUUCAAUAUCACAGAAACUGAUCCAAAGACAGUUAGCUAACUACACAGACAUUCUCAAAUGGCUACGUGAAAUCCUCGUCUGUCGUAAUAUCUUCCUGAACAAAAACAGUGCCAAUGCUAACAUUGGAAAUAAUAAAACUAUCUGCAUACAUAUCAAAUUAGAGGUUGUGUUUUUCAUGUAUUUAUGGAGUAUAGAUAUUGAUGCUGUGUUGACGGCCAUGUCAUGUUUUAGUUUAUUGUGUGAAGAAGCUGAUAUCAGAUGUGGGGCUGAUGAAAUGGCCGUCACACAGAUCUUACCAAACUACAAUGUGUACGCCGAUUUAGCCCAGGCCAGUACUGUCUUAACCACAGGAAGAGCUGCCCUACAGAAAAGAAUCAUGGCGUUACUCAGGAAGAUAGACCAACACACGUCAGGUAAUUCACAAGCCUGGGACGACACUUACAGAAACUGGGAUCUCAUCACUCAGUACUUAGAGACCUUCCCUAAAGAUCCCAAAGUCAAAAUGGAGGAAUGCCAAGCCCCUGGACUGGGAGCUAGUAAUACAAUAAAGAGGAAACCUCCACACCAUGCCAGUACUGAGCAUGAACUUGAGGACCAGUUGAAUGAAUGGGCUAACAUGACAGGGUUUUUAUGUGCUCUGGGUGGAGUUAGGUUACAGAACAAACCACACAGAAUCAGUGCUACCAGUAUACCAAGUGGUCUGGACUCUAGAAAGACAAGUUUGAUGCAAAGUUGUGGAGACUCUCAGUACUGCCCUGUCACACAGUUUAUUAGUAAUUUACUGAAGCUGUUAGUUUGUCAGAAUGAGAAGUUUGGUGCUCAGAUACAGAAGCAUGUUAAGGAACUGGUUGGUCAUGAACUGAACCCAGCUCUAUUCCCAAUACUGUUUGAUCAAAUCAAAGUGUGUGUGGAUAAAUUCUUUGAUCCAUCUGGUCAGGUAAUAGUGACAGAUUUGAAUACUCAGUUUAUAGAAAAUGUCAUCUUCAUCAUGAAAAACAUCUUAGAAAUCAAAACAGACCAGCCUUGUGAUAAUGUUGGUGUUACAAGUAUUGAAUCACUUAUGUUGGCAAUUGUCAGAUAUGUCAGACAUCUUGAUUCAACAGUUCAUGCCAUACAGAUAAAGAUCAAACUCUGUCAGUUGGUAGAAACAAUGAUGCAGAGACGGGACGACCUCACAUUCAGACAGGAAAUGAAGUUCAGGAACAAACUGGUGGAGUACUUAACUGACUGGAUCAUGGGGAAUUCCCACCAGGUCAAUAUUGGGGACAUCUGUAGCAUGUCAAGGCGACCAACACGAACAGCUAUUCAGAGAAUCAUCCAUUCCAAUCAAACAACCAAUCAGAAUUCAAAUAAAGCUCCCACGCCUUUAUUUCUACGAUCUCAAACGGAUGUAGAUUUAGACCAAGCCAGUAUGGAAGCCGUAGCUGCUUUGUUAGCUGGACUACCUUUACAGCCUGAGGAGAGUGAUAGAGGAGAUCUGAUGGAGGCUAAAUCUCAACUCUUUCUCAAGUAUUUGACAUUAUUUAUGAACUUGUUGAAUGACUGUUCAGAAGAGGAGCAGGAUACAGCUAUGGACCCAAACAGAAAACGUAGCACGUCCAAUCUAAGUGCUCUACGUAACUGUACGGUACAAGCCAUGUCUAACCUACUCAAUGCUAACAUAGACAGUGGGUUGAUGCAUUCUAUUGCCUUGGGGUACCACAAAGAUCCUCAGACUAGAGCAGCUUUCAUGGAAGUAUUGACCAAGAUUUUACAACAGGGAACAGAGUUUGAAACAUUAGCUGAGACAGCUCUAGCAGAUAGAUUUGAAAGAUUGGUUGAACUGGUAACCAUGAUAGGUGAUAAAGGGGAACUACCCAUCGCCAUGGCAUUGGCCACUGUUGUCCCUACUCAGCAAAUGGAUGAGCUUGCCAGAGUAUUUGUUAAUUUAUUUGAUGCCAAGCACCUGUUGUACCAGCUUUUGUGGAACAUGUUCUCCAAAGAGGUAGAGAUAGCUGAUUGUAUGCAGACAUUAUUCAGGGGUAACAGUCUUGCCAGUAAGAUCAUGGCAUACUGUUUCAGAUUUUAUGGCCAGCAGUACUUAAGAGAUUUACUAUAUCCAUUAAUAAUGGAAAUGGUUGUCAUGGAGAAAGAACAAAAAGAAUCAUAUGAAAUAGAUCCUAAAAGAAUAGAGGAAGGAGAAAAAUUAGAAGAUAAUAAAAGACAUCUGAUGCUGAUCACACAGAAAGUAUUCAACGCCAUCGUAGAAUCGGCUCAUUCGUUUCCAUCAAAACUACGGAGUAUGUGCCACUGUUUAUACCAAGUCGUGGUUCAGCGAUUUCAGCAAAGUAGCGCUGAAGCCGUGUGGACCGUUAUAGGAACGGUUAUAUUUUUACGAUUCAUCAACCCUGCUAUAGUGUCGCCAUACGAAUCUGGUAUAAUUGACGAGGAGCCAUCGACUAAAGUUAAGCGUGGAUUGACAUUGAUGUGUAAGAUCAUGCAGAAUAUUGCCAACCAUCUCUUGUUUACCAAGGAAACACACAUGAGGACGUUCAAUGACUUCCUCAAAACAAACUUUGAAGCUGGAAGGAGAUUUUUCACAGAGAUAGCAUCAGACUGUGACAUUCCUGAUACUGGUAACCACAGCCUCUCUUUCAUCAAUGAUGCCAAUGUGUUGGCUCUUCAUCGCCUGCUCUGGAAUAAUCAAGAAAAAAUUGGCGAUUAUUUAUCCAGUAGCAGGUAUACAGGAGAAAAAAGAGAUCACAAAGCUGUUGGAAGAAGACCAUUUGACAAGAUGGCAACUUUACUGGCCUACUUGGGACCUCCAGAACACAGGCCAUUGGACUCACAGUGGAGCAGUAUGGAUAUGACCAGUACUAAGUUUGAAGAGAUUAUGUCAAAACACAACAUGCAUGAGAAGGAUGAAUUCAAAUCACUGAAAAAUCUCCAUAUAUUCUAUCAAGCUGGGACCAGUAAACAGGGACACCCUGUGUUCUACUAUAUCGCUAGGAGAUACAAAGUUGGAGAAAUAAAUGGUGAUUUGUUGAUCUACCAUGUUCUAUUGACACUGAAGCCAUUUUACAAUAAACCAUUUGAGUUAGUCAUAGAUUUCACACAUACAUGUGCUGAAAACAGAUUCAGAACUGAUUUCCUGUCCAAAUGGUUUGUGGUCAUGCCAGAAGCUGUCUAUCAAAACAUCGUGCAGGCCUACAUCUACAACUGUAAUUCCUGGGUUAGAGAAUAUACCAAAUAUCAUGACAGGAUCCUUACUCCACUAAGGGGUAACAGAAAGUUGGUGUUUAUUGACCAUCCUGCAAAGCUCCAUGAGUUUAUAGAACCAGACCAGAUCAAAUUGCCAGGAUCAACAUUGUCUCUGGAAGAAGAUCUCAAAAUAUCUAACAAUGCACUGAAACUGUCUCACAAAGAUACAAAAGUUACUAUAAAGGUUGGUCCUAAUGCCAUACAGAUAACAUCAGCAGAGAAGUUGAGAGUUCUGGGACACCAGGUUUUGUUAAAUGAUGUCUACUAUGCUUCAGAGAUAGAGGAGGUGUGUUUAGUAGAUGACAACCAGUUUACUCUGACGAUAUCCAAUGAGAGUGGACCAUUAUCAUUUAUUCAUAACGACUGUGACAAUAUUGUACAUGAUAUCAUUCAUAUCAGAACUAGAUGGGAACUCUCACAACCAGACACUGUAACAGUCCAUACAAAGAUCAGACCUAAGGAUGUGCCAGGGACACUAUUGAAUGUAGCUCUGUUAAAUUUAGGCAGCUCUGAUCCUAGUCUUAGAUCUGCUGCCUACAAUUUACUAUGUGCUCUGACGCAGACAUUUGAUCUCAAAAUAGAGGGACAGCUCUUAGAAACAACAGGUUUAUGUAUACCUGCUAACAACACCAUCUUUAUUAAGACAAUCAGUGAGACUUUGGCAGCUAAUGAACCACAUCUGACGUUAGAGUUUCUGGAGGAAUGUAUUCAGGGAUUUGGAAACUCUAACAUUGAACUGAAGCAUUUAUGUUUAGAGUACAUCACACCAUGGUUACCAAAUCUUACGAGGUACAUAAGUCAACAUUUAGAUGAUGAUUAUAAACAGCAAAGGUUUUGUCGUCAUACUGAUGAAAACAAGCGACAGAAAGUGGCGUUGAUUCUUGACAAACUUAUUACAAUGACUAUAGAGGAAGUUGAGAUGUACCCCUCAAUACAAGCCAAGAUUUGGGGAAACAUUGGUCAGGUAGCUGAUCUCUUAGACAUGGUACUGGAUAGCUUUAUCAAGAGAAGUGUAACUGGAGGAUUAGGAUCCAUACAGGCAGAGAUAAUGGCAGACACAGCUGUAGCUUUGACGUCUGCUAAUGUACAACUUGUGUCAAGGAAAGUCAUUGGACGAUUGUGCAGGUUGAUAGACAAGACAUGCACCUCACCAACGCCCACUCUAGAACAACAUCUGAUGUGGGAUGACAUAGCCAUCUUAGCCAGAUACCUACUCAUGUUGUCAUUCAAUAACUCAUUAGAUGUUGCCAGCCAUUUGCCAUUUUUAUUCCACAUUGUGACAUUACUUGUAUGUACAGGACCAUUGUCUCUGAGAGCCUCAACACAUGGACUUGUUAUUAACAUAAUCCAUUCUCUGUGUACAUGUUCACAGCUUAAUUUCAAAGAAGCUACAUUGAAGGUAUUGAAGAUGAGCCUUGCAGAGUUCUCCUUGCCAAAAUUCUACCAACUGUUUGGUAUCAGUAAAGUAAAAUCUGCCGCAGUCAGUGCAUUCCGUACAAGUUUCAGACCAGGAGAUCGGUCCUUCACCAUGUCAGCACCAGAACAUGAGAAAUUGUCACUUAGUUCAUUAGAAACAAUUGUUGAUGCUCUGUUAGAAAUUAUGGAGUUUGACCAGUGUCAAUUUCAGGCUAGUGUUAAAGACAUUCCAAAUUGUGAUUGGUUACAACAGUGGACUGAUCUGUCAAAAAGAUUUGCAUUCCAGUAUAAUCCAGCCUUACAACCAAGAGCUAUAAUUGUGUUUGGUUGUAUAAGUAAAACUGUCACCGACUCAGAAGUUAAACAGUUACUUAAAAUUAUGAUGAAGGCAUUAGAAUCCUUUACUGAUCUUGUGUUGAUUGAAGCCAUUGUCAUGUGUCUCACCAGAUUACAGCCUCUACUGAGAUCUGAUUCUCCAAUCCAUAAAUUCCUAUUCUGGGUAGCUAUAUCUGUGUUACAACUAGAUGAGAUAUCACUGUACGCUGCAGGCCUGGCACUGUUGGAACAAAACUUACAUACUCUGGAUAACAUGGGACUAUUUGAUAUAAAGCCAUUAGAGGUGAUUAUGAUAGAGACAAGAGAGCCUUUAGAAUGGCACUUCAAACAGCUGGAUCAUGCCAUGGGUCUCAGCUUCAAAGCCAAUUUUAACUUUGCUUUGGUUGGUCAUUUACUCAAAGGAUUCAGACAUCCUCAGGCAACAACUGUCUCCAGAACAAUACGGGUCCUAAACCAACUUUUGUCAAUUACUGUCAAACCAACAAACAGGGACAAAUUUGAGGUGACUCCCCAAACAGUUCCAUAUUUAGCAGCUUUAGUAUCUGUGUCUGAGGAGGUUCGUAGUCGAUGCCAUCUAAAACACAGAAUCAGUCAGUACAUGAUGACAGAGUCGCCCUCUAGUGACAGCCUCAAUGCAGAAAUCCCUCAGAUGUCUACGACACCAGGUGGCAGUUCAAACAGUUCAACUGGGUCUGCUCAGUCAAUGCCAUCAGCCCCAGCACCCCCUGGGCCACCAGUAACAACGGUACCUCCCACACAAAAUAAUACUCUGCCCAUGGCCACACCCACUCCUAAACGACAGAAAAGCUGGGAUUUGUUAGACCAGUCAGCAAUGAAUACAGCCAGAGGAAUGCAGAAAGGAAAUACUCAUUUAUCACAAGGGCAGCCAGCAAAUAGUCCCAAGGUAUGUUGGAGAAGCUUAGACAGUGAACCAGUCAGACCUCCUCUAUCUAAAACAAACAGAAGUAGUUCCAUGCCACUGCCAUGCUCAAAGAAAGAUGUCAAAUCAGGGCUGGCAGUGAGAGUUGGCAGAGGAUCUGUAUCCAAUGAAAACAAUGUUUUAUUAGAUCCUGAAGUCCUUACAGAUUAUCCUACUCAAGUCCUAGUGUUGACAGUACUGGCAACAUUAGUACGGAACACAACAGAUGAAAAUGAGGCCAGAAUUUUAUACGAGUAUUUGGCAGAAGCUUCUGUAGUUUUUCCUCGAGUAUUCCCGGUUAUCCAUUCAUUGUUAGAUGCUAAGAUAAACAAUGUGUUAUCCUUGUGUCAUGACCAAGCCAUUCUCAAUGCUGUACAGAGUAUUAUACAAAACAUGAUAGCCUGUGAAGACGUGUCACAGCAACAGCUCUCAUAUCUACAAAGUAUUGGUUUUGGUGGCCUAUGGAGAUUUGCUGGAACAUUUACCAAGUCUGCUCCAAGUGACACUGCAGAACUAUUAGUCAAUUGUUUAGAGGCUAUGAUGAUGGAGAACUGUUUACCUGGUGAUGACCUUGACAUUUUGAAUCCAUACCCAAGUUCAUUGGGGAUCUCAUCAAAUUUGAAUCUGUCUAGUUCCAUGUCAAGUUUGAGUGUUAGUAGCAUGCAUUCUCCGACAGAUAAGGAAAUUGUGGACAAAAAUGGUGCCGCUGGUGGAAAUCGAAUGAGGCAUGGUUCUGCCAAUAAUAUCCAAUCAAAGAACAGAACGGGAAGUUUCAAGAGAAAGGACAGUAAAAAGAAAACAAACAUUGAAGCCAUUGAAUGACUGUAUACCUGUUGUACUGGGGUUGUCUAGUUGUUCUUCAUUUGUCUUUCAUUCCGUUGUUAUUGAGGCCCAUUUUGGGGAAUUAUUACUCUCAAAUAAGAAAUAUCUCAAAUUUUUAUGUUUACAUUUUUGUCUAAUUUGUUACAAAUCAUCAUAGAAACAUUACAGAAGCUUAAACUCAUUUACAUUGUACAUUAUAAAGCAAUUGUAAAUCCUAAAUUUUCCCAAUGUGGGCCUCUUCUAUUUGCUUGUUAGUGCUAUAGUUGAUCUAUAUGUGAGAUAGGGAGAGGGAGAACAUUUUUGUUAAGAGAAUGGUUGUGAGUGAAAAGAAUUUAUCAAGAUUAAGUAUAUAUUUAGGGCUAUUCCAUUUAAUGAAUAUGGGAGAGCAGGAAGGAAUGUUUUAUUUUUAGACAUGGUCCAUAGGUCAAUUUUGGUUGUUUAUACAUUUAAUGUAUUCAAAAUUAUCUGAGAAAGAAUGUUGGUUGUUGAUAGUCCCUUCAAAAUAUCCCUCAUACAUUGAAAUGGAAUAGCCCAAAUGGUGAUUAGAUACUGUAUUGUUAUGUUACGUUGGUUCAAAAUGAGACUUGGAAGUUAAACCAAUCAUUUAUUUUUACGUUGCUGGCAACAGUCCCGAUAUUACAACUUAAGGAUAAAAGACUUCUGGAAAUGUUUUUUUUAUAAUUUUUUAAGUCCCAUCCAAAAAGUUUUGCAGUGCUAUAAACGAAGAAUAUAUUUUUUUCAUUUGCAGAAACUAACAUAGAUUCUGCACCAUCAAAAAGUGCAAUAAAACGUUCAUAACACCUCGUCUCAGGUAUGCAUUUUCUGUAUCUACCACAAAGUCAUUGAUAUAUAAAUGUUUAAAGCAUUGUUUGCUUCUCAAUUAUGACAUAAUUAAAAAGUUUUUUGCUGGUCGUCUGUACCCAAAAAUUGUAGGUUGAGGACACAUGAAUUCAUUGAGUUGUACCAUAUUACAACAAUUAUGCCUUAGGGUUUUUAAUUCAUAUUAGUGAAAUCUCUUAAUUUCUUGAUUCAUGAGAGUUAAGAGAUGACCAGUAUACAUCAAUGAGAACACAACAUCCCAAUGAUUAGAUUAUUUUACACCUGUUACUUUCAGACACUUUCUGGUAAAAUUUCUCUCGACAAGAUGGGUCAGAGAUUGGGGUAUUACCCUGGGUCAUAUAAAUGGGACAACUGCAUCAGAGAUUUGUGAAAUGUUACCCGAGGUCAUUUUACUGGGAGAAGCUGCACUAGAGACGAGGAAAUUUACCCUGGGAUAAGAUUUAGGGAAACCUUACCAUGGUUAUCUUUAGACUGAGAAAAGGUGGGCUGGAAAUGGUAAAAUUUAAUCUGGGGUCAUUUCUUAACUGAGAAAAGAUUGGUCAGAGACGGAGAAAUAUUGCCUGUCAUCUAACAUUCAAUCUGGUUAAAGUUUCUUUUUAAAUAUCCCAUGUGUCUAUGACAAAUAUCUUUAUUAAUCCUGUUUUGAUUUUGACAUAUUUGAACUAAAAAAAGGUAUAUAUUCUCAGCAUCAAAGGGGAAGGUAUGAAAAUUUAUAAUUCACAAAUGUGGAAGAAGUAUUUUAUUAGCACAUACUUCAUAUAUACUGAUAAUUUCUGAAUAAAGUUCUAAUAUCAAGUCUUGUCCAUAGCAGAAUGAAUAUGGUUGUGAUCUAAUGAGGUUAUUGGUGGACAGAAAAUUAAGUAAUCAUGUUACAGUCAUUUUAUAGGCUGGAAUAAAUUUGAUACACAUUCUGUUUUAGGUUAAAGAAAUGAUAAUUAUGUAUUAAAGGGGAAAGUAUAACUUUGAUAUCCAUCUUUGAACAGCAACUAUUUCUGGGAUGAAAACUGUAUGAUGAAAUUAUUUCACAUUCAUGAAACAUAAAAAUGAUAGUUUGGAAUAUAUAUUUCUAAAGAAAAAACAAGCUUUUGUAAAGAAAAUUAUUUUUGGCUUUGAAAACAGCAAACAACAAACACAGGUUAAAAAUGUACAGCAUUAAACAGUGUAUUUUGAAAUGUUAGAGCCAAUUAUAGCAAGAUCGUUUUAAAAUUUGUUCAAUUCAUAUCUGCAUUCGUAAUAUAAAAGAAAUCAAUGACUUGUGAUUGAUUUUGAAAAUUAAUUGACAAUUUUUGUGUUCAAGUAUAUUUUGAAUAUCCAAGUUUCAUAGAAACAGUUACACACUGUAUAUGACCUUUAGAGGUGAAACUAGAAGGUAAAGUAUAUUAAAGGGGUAGAUAGGGAGGGAUUUGGAGAGUCGUUGAUGUAACAGGAGAUAAUAACAUUUAUCAAAUAUUACGAAAAGUUGGGAUGUUGAAAGUGGGUGAUGUAACAGUAGGGGAAUAAAAAUUAUCUUAUACCGUAAUUGGAUGAGAUGUGGAGAGGUUGUGAUGUAACAGAAGGGGAAUACCAAUUAUCCUUCGAAUUGAUUGGAUGGAAGGGAGGGGAAUAACAAUUAUCCUUUGACAUGAUUGGAUGGAAGGGAGGGGAAUAACAAUUAUCCUUUGACAUGAUUGGAUGGAAGGGAGGGGAAUAACAAUUAUCCUUUGACAUGAUUGGAUGGAAGGGAGGGGAAUAACAAUUAUCCUUUGACAUGAUUGGAUGGAAGGGAGGGGAAUAACAAUUAUCCUUUGACAUGAUUGGAUGGAAUGUAGGUUGAGUGAGAUGUUAAGAAUGGAUGAUACAGAGGGAGGGGAAUUACAUUUAUCCUACAAUAUGAAGCCAUAGAUUAUUGUUGUCUUUCAUUAUUGUCAAUUUUAUUGAAAUUUGUUGUAUGAAUAAAAUAUAGAUUCAAAAUA